AUGUUUUCUAAUAUCUCCAAAUCUUUACUAUGCUGUACGAACGCUAUAGGCCCGAAUCGGGCUCUUGCGUACGCGCUGACCAAGUGUCCAGCGCUCCUAGAACCAUCCCUAAUACAAUGCCGAAACUACCACGAAGUGACUGGCGACAUUAUCUGUCCGAAUAUGGUCAGAGGUAUCGAUCAUCUCAGGGAUCCUCGUCUUAAUAAGGGUCUAGCAUUUACUUUAGAAGAGAGACAGGCGCUUGGCAUCCACGGCCUGUUGGCGGCCAAGUUCAAGACGCAAGAGGAACAGCUCGACAUUUGCAGAAUAUCCAUAGAUCGUUACGAGGACAAUUUGAACAAAUACCUCUACCUCGUUGAGUUACAGGAUAGAAAUGAGAAGUUGUUCUUUCGCUUGCUUUCCGAGAAUGUGGAGAAGUAUUUGCCAAUUGUUUACACCCCGACCGUGGGUCUCGCCUGCCAGAGGUUCGGUCUUAUCUAUAGGAGGCCUAGAGGUCUCUUCAUCACGAUUAACGACAAAGGGCACGUGUUCAAUAUUCUUAAAAACUGGCCUGAACCAGAUGUAAGAGCCAUUGUCUUCACUGAUGGUGAGCGGAUUCUGGGUCUCGGAGACCUCGGUGCUUACGGUAUGGGAAUACCAGUCGGAAAGUUAUCAUUGUACACUGCUUUAGCGGGAAUCAAGCCUCACCAAUGUUUACCUAUAACACUAGAUGUUGGAACUGACAACCAGGAUCUAUUAGAAGACCCACUGUACAUUGGACUACGUCAGAGGCGCGCGAGAGGCAAGGAGUAUGACGAAUUUAUUGACGAGUUCAUGGAAGCGUGCGUUCAGAGAUACGGUCAGAAUACUCUUUUACAGUUCGAAGAUUUCGCAUUAGGGAACGCAGGGCGUCUAUUAGCGAAAUACCGCAACAAGUACUGUACCUUCAAUGACGACAUCCAAGGCACCGCCAGUGUCGCGGUCGCAGGUUUGAUGGCCGCUGUCAGGGUCACCAAGCGGAAACUCAGUGAGAACAUCUAUUUCUUCCUCGGUGCGGGAUCAGCGGCCAACGGCAUAGCGAAUUUAACAGUAGCUGCGAUGGUAUCAGAAGGUCUUACGAUACAACAGGCCCGAGACAGGGUGUAUAUGUUCGACGUGGACGGGCUACUGUCCACCCGCAGGGAGGGGGGAGUGCCCGAGCAUGCCAAGGCGUUUGGCAAGAAUAUUGAGCCGGAGAAGAGCUUCGAAGCUUGCAUAGCCAAGAUAAAGCCCAGCUGUCUUAUUGGUUGUUCGACGGUGGGUGGUGCCUUCAACGAAAAUGUUUUGAGGCAGAUGGCAAAGAACAUUGAGAGACCCGUGAUCUUCGCCCUGUCUAACCCAACGAGCAAGGCCGAAUGCACGGCGCAGGACGCCUACAACUUCACUGACGGCCGCUGUAUAUUCGCCUCCGGAUCCCCCUUCCCACCUGUACAAUAUGAUGGCAAGGAAUACCAUACCGGGCAAGGCAACAACUCCUACAUCUUCCCCGGAGUUGCGUUAGGUGUGAUCGCGACUGCUACUCAUCAUAUCCCUGAGACUAUGUUCCUGACGGCUGCUAGGACUCUUGCAAAUUACGUGAGCGAAAAGGACCUUAACAUUGGACGCAUCUACCCAUCCCUGUCGGAGGUGAAGGAGGUAUCUCUCGCUAUUGCCAUCGAAGUCGCGAAGAUGGCUUAUGAUGAAGGUCUCGCAUCCGUUUAUCCCGAGCCGAAAGAUAUCUCCAAGCAUGUCUCCAGCCAGAUGUACAGCUUCCACUACGAGAGCUCCAUGCCAGUAGUGUGGGACUGGAAACCAGAAGAGAAAUUCAACGUAAGACCAAUCCAACCUGUGCCCAAAAACAUUUAA